AGCGGCCCCUUUGAGACUGGGGCUAGGGUGCCCUGAGGGCUGCACCUGUGCGCGACCCAUCUUGGUCUCAGCCCCCGUUUCCCUUCCGGGGGCGGCGCGGCGGGCGGAGGCCCCCAGCUGGGCUGCAGGGGAAGCGCCCGCCCCUGCCGCCCCCGGCGCGGUAAGAUGGCGGCCGCGGCUCAAGCGUUGAGCGGCUCCGGUCUUCUCCUGGCUGCCGCCGCCCUCGCCCUCCUGGCCGUGGCCAUCGGUACUGACUCCUGGUACGAGACGGACGCGCGGCGCCACCGCGAACGCUGCCGCGGCUUCGGCCACAAACGCAGUGACCCACCCGGCUCUAUGUCGGCGCCUAGUUCGCACCUGCCGCUCCGCGCUCGGCCCCCGCGGGCCCUACUGCCUGGACGGCCCCCAGCGCCCGCCCCGGCCGCCGCCGCCGCCGCUGCUCUGGACUCGCAUUGCGGCCGUCGCUUCAACUCCACCGUUUCGGGGCUUUGGAGGCGCUGCCACCGGGCGGGCUACGAGCCAGACAGCGAGGAGCUCAUCCGGAAAGGAGUUAUUCAGCGCUGCACAGCUGUGAAGUACCACUACACCUCCAGCUCACUGCCUCGCAACUUACCUAUCAACAUCACGAACACCAUCCGUCAGGAUGAGUGGCAUGCACUCCAUCUGCGGAGGAUGACUGCUGGCUUCAUUGGCAUGGCAGUCUCCAUCAUCCUGUUUGGGUGGAUCAUUGGCGUGCUGGGCUGCUGCAAACAGCAGGAGCUCAUGCAGUAUGUGGCUGGGCUGCUCUUUCUAAUGGGAGGUACAUGCUGCAUCAUCUCACUCUGCACAUGUGUAGCUGGGAUCAAUUUUGAGUUGUCUCGCUACCCUCGCUACGUCUAUGGGCUGCCAGAAGACAUCAGUCAUGGCUAUGGCUGGUCCAUGUUCUGUGCCUGGGGAGGCCUAGGCCUCACCCUGCUGGCUGGGUUCCUCUGCACACUGGCCCCAUCUCUCAACACUUCUCGGGCAUCUGUACAAAAACCCAGACAAGAGAACGGGGCCGUGUGACCUCGGCAGGUGCAAGGAGAGACUCUGAAAAGCGCAGCCUGGGCAGAGCGGUGGGUUAACAGCAGGCAGAGGCUGGGUGGCAGCUGGCAAAAAGCAGUGCCACUGCUGUGGAAACACCAGCCCAUGGGAUGCUGCUACAGCCUCCAGGCGUGGACACAGACAUUGCAAGUAACUCCAGGUUUGAAUUAUUGGCAACUUGCUCAUUGGUGGUUUAAGGGGGACAGUUCUUUUGUUUUUCUUCUGUUUACAAGGGAUUAAGUCCAAGGCUGUGUCAUUUUUUGUGCUGUUUUUUGAACUGUACCUCCAUGGUCCUGUUAUUGUCCAGUUGUAAGGGAUGUUUACGCACCAACUCUAUUGCUGCAGGUCUGUGGAAUUCAGACCCAAAUUAGAGCAAGGAGCUAUGUGAGGUUGGCUUGAACACUUUUGCAACAGAUGUGUCUAGUACUGGCUCAGGCCAUCAUUUCCCAAAGGAACCUUGAUCUAAGCUGAGGUUCAGGCCAAAGAAUUAGCCCAUUUCUAGUAUUACUUCCUUUAAAUCAGAAAAUUGUGCUAGUCCAAUGCCAUGGUAUCAGCUAUUUACUCACUACUAAAACUGUUACCAAAAGGAGAUGGCUGUAACUGAGCAGCAAGGCUCUAACAAAACUUAGUGGUGUUAGGAGUGGGACAUUUUCCUCAGCUUCUCACACAGGUAAUAUUAUCCAUCUGGCUACCCAACAUACCCUUAACAGGGAGACGUAUGCCACAUGCAGCUUGUAACUGGUCCACUGGAGGCCAGCGUACAGUUUGAGCUGCCAGGACCAACUCACCUGUGAGCACCACUCUGUUCUGUGAAAGGAGAUGAGCAACCCUCUCCCAACUCAGACAGCUGUACUGCUGAAAAAGCAGAUGUACAGCCCUUUCCAACAUCAACAUCUAAAAAAGCCUGCAGUCUGUUUUCCUCAGGAACAUGUGGCCUCUGCUUGCUUCACCCUUUCUAAUGUCAGAUGCCCCCUGAGCAGAGUGUGCCAAGCACAUGUGCACUCUGACAGAAUAAGCUCCCUCACCAGGAGCAGGAAGGACCUUGGAACAGCGUGAGUACUAGGGGCUUACUCAGGAACAUCAGCCAAAGUACUCUGGCGUGCAUUUUUCUUUCUCUCAUCUAUUUCUUGCCCCACAUCCCUGCUCUGCUCCCGUGUCCAAAAACUGCACAGGUACAGAUGAGAUGGCCAGCAUUUGGAGAUGUUUACAUUGUAUUUAAAAUACAAUACAGUGGCAUGUAAGAUAAUGCUAAAGUCAGUGUAUUUAUGACAAGUGUAAUUUUUAAAUGGAAGCUGUAAUUCUCAACUGGCAUUAAAAGCACUGAAAGACUUGCUCAA